GGCAAAAUAAAUGAUAUGACCUACACAAUAAUCAACGUCUACACACCCAACACAUACCUACAGAGCAUUCUUAAAAAUACAAGCGCUAUACAACAGGGAAUCACGAUAAUAUAUGGCGAUUUCAACCAUAUCAUAGACCCCACAUUGGACACCACACUAUCACAACACAGGCGUCGACAACGCCCCCUGAACAGACAAUGUAAAACCCUGCAGAAACUCAUACACGAACACCAUUUCUAUGAUGCAUGGAGAACCACACACCCGGGGGAAAAAACAUUUACCCAUUUCUCACACGUCCACAACUCCUACUCUCGGAUAGAUGGGUUCCUCAUCUCAGGGCAACACCUAAACCAAAUCCACACCUGCUAAAUAAAACAAAUCACAUGGUCCGACCAUGCACCUGUGCUCCUCGACAUGAAAAACUUGUACGACUUCAAACACCGUAGCCCCUGGAAACUAAAUAACACAUUGCUCCAUAAUGACGAAUACAUGAAAGAACUCGCAGACGACCUCACUUUAUACUUUACACAGAACGACAACGGAGAAAUGCCACCGACCACUAUCUGGCAGGCACACAAAGCAGUCAUACGAGGGCUGCUAAUUAGAAAGGUAGCAUACAUAAAAAAACAGGCACAGAUCACACUAAAAACAUGGCAACGAGAGCUAUACGACUUAAAUAGGAGUAACCAACUACAACCAACGGCAGAAAACAGACAUCUCAUCAUGACCAUCUCUAGGCUCAUACACCAGCAGGCACUAGAACAAACGCAAACCAACAUGACAAGACUUAAAAUAUCACAUUACAUUCAGGGUAACAAAGCGAGCAAACUACUAGCUAACCAACUGAAGCAAAAACAAGCCAACCAAAAAAUAGCCUACAUCCUAGACAACAAAGGCCAGAAACACGCGACACCUAGAGAAAUCAGUGAAACAUUCGCCAAAUACUACCACACCCUAUACAACCUAAAAGGAGACUCGAACACGACACAACCCACGGACACCAGCAUAAAAGCCUAUUUAGACAAACUAGCCCUGCCACAACUCACGCCACAACAGCAGGCAGACUUAACCAAACACAUAGAUAUACAGGAGAUGCUUAAAGUCAUCCAAACACUGCCGACGGGCAAAUCACCAGGCCCAGAUGGCCUGACAAACUUAUACUACAAGAAGCUCAGCCACGUAUUAGCACCCCACUUAACAACGGCUUUCAACCACGCUACAGCCCAGAAAUCCCUCCCAAGAGAGAUGUUGUUAGCACCCAUCGUUACAUUGCCAAAACCCAACAAACCACCCACAACGCCGAAAAUUUUUCGGCCUAUUUCACUCCUAAACACAGAGGCGAAGCUUUUCGCCAAACUAUAUGCUACGAGACUGGGACUAAUCAUACCACACAUCAUUCACAACGACCAGGUGGGAUUUGUAAAAGGGAGACAGGGGUCAGACAACACAAGGAAAGCCAUAAACCUGCUAUACAAACUACAGACACAAAAAGAGGGGGGAUUGUUCCUCUCUCUAGAUGCCGAAAAGGCCUUUGACAGGCUACACUGAGGGUUUCUAAAAGCGGUCUUACGCAAGUUCGGAAUGCCGGACGAAUUUGAAGCAGUGGUGGACGCACUAUACAGCUCACCCGAGGCACGAGUGUUGAACUCGGGGUUCCUGUCGGAGCCGUUUCGGCUCUCCAACGGAACACGUCAAGGAUGCCCCCUAUCGCCACUACUGUACAUCCUAGCCCUAGAACCGCUAGCCACACGAUUCAGAGAAAAUGGCAACAUACACGGGAUACAAGUGGGGAAGAGGGAAUACAAAGCAGGACUUUUUGCAGAUGACAUUAUGUUGACAAUCACACAGCCACAUAUCUCACUACCAAACAUUCUUGCAGAAAUAAAGGAGUAUGGGGAUCAGUCUUACUAUACAUUGAACGUUACCAAGACACAAGCCAUGGGGAUAAGGAUGACUCAAGCCUCGAUAGACAAACUAAAAGACAACUUUCAAUUUGACUGGAGGGGGGAUUACAUCACUUUCCUAGGACUAAAACUGCCAAAACACCCUAAUCAACUGUUGCAACUCAAUUAUGGCAAACUCCUGAAGGAGAGCGAAGAAACACUGAAAAGUUGGGAACACAAAUUUCUGUCUUGGGUAGGUAGGAUGACUGCCCUGAAAAUGGUCUUACUCCCCAAGUUCCAAUAUCUCAUAAGAACACUGCAGAUUUUCCUCCCAAACAAGUACCUGACCAAGCUGCAACGCAUAUACACAUCAUUUGUAUGGGCACACAAGAAAAUAAGAGUGGCGUCAGCAAUCCUGAGCAAACCCAUCUCCCAAGGGGGCCUGGGCCUGCCAGCCGUACACCUAUAUUACGAAGCCGCCCUCCUGUCCACUAGUCUCACUCUACACACAGGGGGAAACAAGCCUCAAUGGGCAGAGAUGGAGGCUGCAGGGAUAUACCGGGGGGCAUGAAAUACAUAUUCUGGGUACCCCACAAGCUGAGACCCAAACAAAAAGAUUUACUUCCAACCACUUCUUUACUCCUAGACACAUGGGACACGAAGACAAAACUCCUAGGGCAAACCAAAAGUUGGGUGAUGGCGACCCCGAUACAGAGCUUGCACAUCGUAAACCCCACUUUAGACCAUCGCCCCUGGACCCAACGAGGGUGCACACGAAUUGAACACCUCUACAAGGAGGGUAAACUAGAACCAUACCCCACUUUGAAACAAAAAUACCACUUGCCAAAUGCCACUCUGUUCACAUACCUCCAAAUAAAAGCCCUUCUGGAGAAUGAGACCACAAUAACAACACCCACACCCUUAAAACAAUUAUAUCACAUAUGCGUCACGGGUAACAUACCAAAAAAGACACUUUCUCUACUCUACGCCAUGCUAAAUGACAACCCCAAAACACCACCAAAAGACAAAUUCAAGGAGCACUGGCAUGAGGACCUACAUAAACAUUUUACUGACAGCCAAUGGCAAAAAGCCUUUAUAGCCCACAAAGGGAGAUCUAGAUGUGCAGCACACUUAGAACUCAUGAGGAAACUGCAAUACAGGUG